AGUCCCAGACAUGGAGCGACGCUCGCAGAAAGCGCUGGCCUCAAUGCCGACCGCCGCGGUCGUGGGUCUGGUUCUCGCGCUGGGCUCCUUGACGACACGCACUACCGCUGCACCGUACAUUCUGGUCGCCAACGUGGUGAGCCAUUUCGUUGUGCACCAGGGUGGCAGCACACUUCCCAAGCCACCGCAAAUCGACGUGCAGUGCUCUUCCGUGCCAGGUGUACAGUGCCGUACUCUUAUUCAAGACAACCGUCUCAUCAUCAACGUGUAUCAAGAUGAUAAAAGGGAAGAAAGUUCUCAAAGCUUGGAAGAAACGCAAGAAGACAACACUGUUGUUUCAACAUUUAGAUGGUUUUCUUCAAAGCCAGACCGAAUAUCUACAAACUCAAAUAUUGAUAACGAACACCUUCAGGAGGCGGAGCUGACAAGCUCCCAGAAUGUUAAUGUUUUCGAAUCAGAUGAUACCCAGGAUGAGAACGUUCAUCAGACUUCCCAAGAUCAUGGGGCAGAUAGCACAGAUGACUAUAGAGAAGAAAGUGCUGAACGUUCCAAAGAAAGUGAUGAAGACAACACAGUUGUGCCAAAAUCUAGAUGGUUCUUUGAGAACUCUGCUGAGGAAGCGACAAAACAGGUUUCAGAAUUUGAACAUGACGAAGAGCAAUCAGAAGAUCAUGAUUACAAGGUGUCACAGAUUCCUCAUGACGAUGACAAUGAAUUGUCAAACGAUAAUAAUUCAGACCAUUCAAAAAAUGUCUUAGAAUUUUCAAGACCUGGAAAAUCAGAAGAAUCAAAAUCUCUUUUUGAUAAUCAUUUUCCAACAAACAACGAGGAUGAACAUCCUUUUGAAGAUUAUGAAGAUGAUUCUGAAGAAGCAGCAUAUUGAGACUUUUCGACCUAUUAAAUUAGGUUAAAAAUGCUUCAUCUUUUGGUAAUAGUUACUUUUAAUUGUGGAUGUUGGAAGUAAAGAAUAUAAGAGACCAUGUAAGCACAACUGAUAUAUUCAAUAUGCUAUCAAUAGAAGUGGAUAGAAAAAAUAAUGUUGAUUGUUUGUGACCUAGUGGGGUAUCAAUAUCAAGCAUUUAAUUUAUGGUAGGUACUUCAAUAUAACUUCCUUUGUUUAAAAACAAUAAUAAAAUCAUCACAUUAGUUUCAUUAAUACAUUAUUCGGCUUUAAAUCAAUUAAACACAUUUAAUACAUGAAAUAGGCCUUACUCACUUCAGUUACACUUGGUGCUUUUUUCAUCUUACAGAGAUAUUAGUACUCUUUAUUGAAAAUUAUGGUUUGGCCUCCAGAAACUGGUACAGGUUUGUAGACACUAUUGCCAAGAGCUUCCUCUAUAAAUUAGAAAUAUUUUAUACAACCAUUUAACAAAACGAAGUUAAAUGUACAGUUCAGAUAUAAUAUUAAAAUUCUAAGCUGUUAUUUGCAACAAUAUUCCCAUUUAUGUUUACAAUAUUUAUAGUAUUUUUUCAUACAUUUAAUUGUUGAUGUCGUUCAGAAUGGUGACUUAAUUCACAACUAUUAUUUUACAUAAGAGAGAGUGUCAUUUUCACAAUGUACUAAUAUAUUUUUGUUUUUGUAAUAACAGAGUGCCAUAGUGCCCUUGUAUCUGUUAAUCUAGUUCUUCAGUUAGCCCAACAUUUUUUAAACAUUCCUAUUACGUACAUUUCAUUUUUCUCAUAAUAAAAUAGUAUUAACCUUUGACUUGCAAUUCUUCAAAGCCUUCAUACUUUUAGGCCUGUGUCACACAAGCGUUGCGUUGACGCGCGUUACCUCACGCUGAUGACGUCAGCUGCGUCACGCGCGUCAAUGCCUACGCACACGAGUCACUUACUGCGCGUCGUAGAUUAACACUAUAUAUUAUGUUAAACUACACACGAACGCUUUUGGCGAUGUGCUCUUUGUGAGUUGCCUAGCGAGCGCCGCGCGUUAACAGCUAGAAAACGCGUGUUAUCUCGACUGAUUACGUGGUAGCUUGAGCGUCUUCCUUGAGCUAUGGGCAUAACGCACUUGGCAAAGAGCCCUCGUAUGCCAUUUCGCAUAAGAUACAGUGUCGUAGAUAGCGGUUGUAGAUACGACGCGUUAAAUGACUCGUGCGUGCAGGCAUCGACGUACCGCCAUUGCCGCGCAGACAUCGACAUCAUCAAUAACUUCUCUCAAAACGUUAAUUUUAAUUCACUGAAUGUUUUGAUAAUUGAAAUAUUAAUAAUUUAAACCAAUUAUUUUGAUAAUUUUCUCCUGAAAGUCGUAAUGUUGAAAAAUGAAAGGUUUAAUGUUUUACUUCAUUGUAGAGUGCAAAUGUAAUUACUAUAAUACUAAGGAGGAUUAAAAUAAAUAACAUUCUUACAAAAAGUAUAAAUGUUUGAAAAGAUGUAGAAUGAAUGUAAGUAAAAAAAAAAUAUAUCAGAAUAUUUUUUUAAUUGUUAUUUGCCUACCUUUCUUAAUUGCCUUGGUCAUCCAUUAAUACAUUUCACCCUAACAUUCACCAGUGAAAACUAAGGGUGGGA